GAUUCUCCAUCUAUGCAGAUCUAUAGCUGGAGAAAAUGGGAAAACCAAGCCAACUCCAUAGCUGAUGGAAUUGGAAGCUUGCAAGCGAAGAGAAACAAAGUGAUGAGACGACAGACCACCUUCGUUUUCCAUCACACAUCUCAUCCAUGGAGCAGGAGUCCAAUUCUCAAAUGGAUGCUUUGCUUUUUACGACAAUUCAGGAGCUCUAUAGAGAAAUCAGAUUACCUGGCACUUCGUCUAGGGUUCAUCACGAAGCAUAAGCUGCCACUUUCGUAUAAUUUCCAUAGCUAUAUGGUUCGAAGCAUGGAAGAUGAGUGUCGGGGCAUUCUUGGUAUUAGCUGGCCACUUUGGGCAUAUGCUGUAGCUUGCAUCUUUGUGAACAUUCAUGGAUUGAAUAUUUACUUCUGGUUGUCUUUCAUCCCUGCCAUUCUUGUGAUGUUGGCUGGGACGAAGCUUCAGCAUGUUGUUUCCUCAUUAGCACUGGAGAUUAAGGAACAGAUCACUGGUCAGCCUACCGGAGCGCAAGUAAAGCCACGCAACGAUUUGUUCUGGUUCAGGAAACCUGAGAUAUUACUCAGGUUGAUACAGUUUAUCAUUUUUCAGAAUGCCUUAGUGAUGGCGACAUUUCUCUGGUCAUUGUGGGGAUUCGAGCAUAGAUCGUGCUUCAUGAAAAACCAUCUUAUGAUCGUCUUCCGAUUGGUUUCCGGGGUUCUUCAGUUCUGGUGUAGCUCUAUCACAGUGCCUUUGUAUGUAAUUGUCACACAGACGGGAUCGCGAUGCAAGAAAGCCUUAGUUGCCGAGAGUGUGAGGGAAUCACUUCACAGUUGGCGUAAAAGAGUGAAAGCGAAGUCGAAACGUGAAUCCACGCACUCGCAUACUGCGAGAUCCGUUUGCUCACUCGAAUCGAUUGUCGAUGACGAGAGGGAUGCUGUCAUGGUUGGCACUUUGUCGAGAAGUUCAUCCAUGAAGUCAUUGAAUCAAAUAACUAUAACAUCCUCAGAACAGGCGGCGGCCAUACUCGGGACUUCCAGCACUGCCCCAGGCAAUGUAUCAUCGAGGGUGGAGGAGUACUUAUCGGAGAUCGGAGUCGAUAAACAUAAGUGCAUCACAGCCAUCAACCAUCGAUGAAGAAGAAUAUGAAGAAGAAACAAAAGUUGA